AUGAAAUACUAUUACGCUUUCUUUAUAUUUUUCGUUGUUGUAUAUAUCAAAUGGGAUGAUUUGCAAAAUCUUAAUCAAAUCGAGUAAAUAAAGGAUGUUGAAGAAAAAAAUAAAAAAUUGGCAGAGUUUGUUGAUGGAAGAUAAAUCCAUGAUUUAAUUUUUCUGUACACUUUGAAAAUGAUCGAUUCUAAUCUUAAGACAGCUUAUUAUACAUUGGAGGACACAGUGACGUCACUUUCUAAUUUACCAGCUCUGCUUUAUAAUAGAAUAACCAGAGACUCUAGAAUUUAAGUCAAAAGUAUUCCAUCUCAAAUAAACUUUGCCAAUUACUUUGGUGGUGCCACCAUUCUCACAAAAAGCAAAUAAUUAGUUGGAGUAGAUAAUAUUCUGGUGGAUAAUCAAGAAACGUACUUACAUUCUGAUUUCAAUUUAGUUACAUGAUCACGGAAUGCAAUCAAGAGAGAUUGUUUUUUAUCAUCUGUUUAAAGGAAGAGAUCCAACUAGAGACAAUCUACUUUAUUAAUAAAGAGUUUUAUUCCUCAACAAUAAAGAAUUUCAAGGUAUCAUUUAAGAAUAUUCAUUUUUCUCAAGGUUUUCGGGAGCAUCGUAUAUCCUACUUAGGCAUGGGAUUUUUUGUAAGCAUUUGAAUCAGAGGAUGUAAAUGAUUGGCAAAGCUUUGAAUUUGAAUCGCAUUUUCUUAGAUACUUAAAAAUUGAGAUCAUAGAUUUUCAUCAAGCUGAGUAUCAUUGCACUCUGACAUAAAUAAGGUAUUUAGGUUACGAUAUCACAUUUAGAGUUUUUGGAUAAACAGUUAUUGGAGAUCUUAUACAAUCUCACAAAAGAUAUAAAUUACAAUUGCCUAAAAUUGAACCAAUUAAGGAGGAAAUUAAAUAGCCGCAACGAAUUAAGAUGCCAUGUAGUGAGAUAAUCAGCACUUACUCAAGUACUAAUAAUUCUACAUGCAGCUACUUCGAUUACAUAUUUGAUACACAAUAGUCUCGUAUUGAUGAGAUUGAGAAUCAGAAUCAAUAUUUGGAUGUGAUUCCUUUCGAAUCUAAUUAAUCCUUAUUUAAAGUGACUGCUUAAAACAUAGUUAUUUUAUCGCAUAAUCUUCAAUUGUUGAAAGAAUAACUGUAAUCUAUCCGUAAUCACAAGAUGAAGGAGAAAUAAAAUUAAAAAUAACAUGAUUACAUUUAAUAGUAAUUAUUAUAUGAACUCAGUCAAUAACAAAGCAUCAAUAAGAAUUUAGAGGAAUAAAUCAAAAAAUUAUAUAUUCUUACUGAUAUUUGUGUAAUAUUAAUAUGUAUUAUCUUAAUUAUGGGAAUUUGCUGGAUUUUGAGAAACAAGUAAAACCACCAUAAUAACAACAGAAAUCAAUAGAUUGUUAUCUAAAAUCAGAAGAAUAUCCCUGAUAUUACUACAUUGACUCCAAUUUUGGUGAAUGGGUAUUCGACCAAUAAUGAUGAGAAUUGUCAUCACAUAGUGAAGAGUUAGAGCAAUAAUAACAAUCAGAGAAACAAGAAAAAGAGCAAUUUUGUUAAUUGAUUUAUUUUAUUACUAUUUUAUUUAAAGAAUUAAAAUAUUUAAUUCAUAAAUAAUUAAUGUUCCCUAGUAAAUUGUAUGAUUUACAAUUAACUCCUUCGCUAAAUAAGUUUAAUUCUGAUUUUUAAAGUGCUAAAUUGAUUGAGUCAUUUAGACAACUAUUGAUUGAGGACGAUAAGGAAAUAGUCACAUCCGCUAUGGUAUAGUGCUUAAAUCAAAAAGUUAGGAUCUAAUGAAAGCAAUUUCGUAUUCUCUGUAUGGCACAUGGUUUUAUUGGAAAGCUCUGAGCGAUAUUUGUCAAGGGGACGAUCUCAACACCAUAAGUUAAUAAUUGGAGAGAAAAAUCAUUAUUUAUGAUAUUUGUGAAGUUGAAGAUUUGAAAUGCCAGGUGAUUAAUUUUGGGUACAAGAAACGCAUAUAUUUGGCUCGAUAUUUAAAUUACUUUUAUGUGGUGGGCAAAAAGGGCACAUCUGAAAAGCAUAAGCUGGUAAAGGAUAUCUUGAUGGAUGUGAUCAAUGAGAUAAUAGGGUUGCCAAUUAGAAGACAUAAACGAUCUUAUUCUGAUGCUUUAAAGUAUCUUUCAGAUUAAAAGGAUAACCGAACGAACAAGUUGAAUAUAAAAAAUGUGCCUCUGUCUCCCUCAAACAUAUCACGAACAAGUUUACAAAUGCAAUUGUUGGAUGAGGUCAAUCAAGAGAGUGAUCUUCUCUUGAAGGAAUGCAAUUCGUUGAUUAAUACUCCAACAACUUAGAAUGAUCUUUUGCAAUCACUUAAUUUAAAUUUACAAGAAGGCACUAAUAUAUUGUCUAAUGUAAAUGUAUUAAAAUCAUGUAUAGAUCAGGUAUUUUGGGACUCUGAAGUUUUAUGACGAAGCAAGAUCUUAUGGCUUCAUAAUAAUGGACAUGGAUGGAAGUGAUUUGUUUGUUCAUUGUGAUGAUCUGACUAAAGCAGGCAUGUCGAAGGACUUCUUGAGAACAGCUAAGCAUGGAAAUAUAAUUAGAUUUUCCUUUCUUAUUCUUGAAUACUUUGGAAAAUACAACAAAAGUAGAAAAGCAGUCGAUUUGCAGUUUAUUCAAGGUCAACCAUAUUUCAUGUGA